GCCGAACCGAACCGAGCUGAACCGAACUGAACCGAGCCGAGCCGAACUGAACCGAGCCGAGCCGAGCAGCCGGUGAGUGCCGAAGAGAACCGAACUGAACCGAGCGGAGCCGAGCGGAGCCGAGCAGCCGGUGAGUGCCGAACCGAACCGAGCUGAGCCGAACUGAACCGAGCCGAGCCGAACUGAACCGAACCGAGCCGAGCAGCCGCCAUGGCUGAGGAGCUCGGGGAGCUGCUCAGGGAGUUCGAGGAGGUGAUGGAGCACUUUGAGCGGGGCCCCGCCUGUCAGUACCAGCAGCACCUGCAGGAGCUGAAGAGGAAAGCGGGACAGAGCGUGUAUGACAGUGGGAUCGAUGAGCUGGAGAGUGCCAGCACGUCCCCAGGUAGCAGCCUCAGCUCCAGUGAGGAGCACCUCAACACCCCAGCUGACACUUACCCCACCAAAGCAAAGCUUGGAGACACGCAGGAGCUGGAGGAGUUCAUUGCAGACCUGGAUAAAGCCUUGCAGGGGGCCCUGUGUGACGGGCUGGAGGCAGAGAGAACCUGGUUAAAAAUAGCAUUAUUACCCCACACAGACUGCGUAAGACACAGCUCUGGUCUCUGUUCCCAUCCCUGGUGUCCAAAACGAGAGAUGUGAGCUGUGGUGUGGAGAGGAGCAGCCCCAGCCCCGAGUGUCCCCGGUGCCACCUCUGCUUCUGCAGCCCUGGCUGGGGACAAGGACGGGCAGCGGGACGUGGGACGAUGGCACAGCCCUGCCAGCGCCAGGAGGGGACAGCUCUGCGCGGGCUCCGGGGACUUUGGGGUGACCUGGGCCACUGCUGAAGCCCCCAGAGUGAUUCUGGGGAAGAUGAUCUUGCAGGACAUCGCUGUGGCCUCGGUGUCCCCCCCAGGCCGGGAGGGCCCAUCCUUGGUGGCAUCUGCCACUGCUGAGCUCUGCUUUGCAUGGGGAGCCCCAAGUCGGGCUCCUCUCUGCCCCCCAAGUGCCUCUGCCCCAGCUGCUGCUGUAAAUACUGUAAAAAUGAUGUUUUGUGCUGUACAGAGGGGAUGUGGUUCUGGAAACAAGAUUUUAAACCUC